AAUGCUAGAGUGACAGAUCAGUGACAUGCUUUAAAUCUUACACAGCCGAUGCCAUCAUUUUGACCAGACUGCAGAGGAGAGGAAGAAAGAAAGACUCUUCGCCCUUUCUCUUCUCGUUUAUCAACAGCCUACUCCCCUUCAUUUUUCUCUUCCAUAGCUCUGCUCUCUGUUCUCUCUCUCUCUCUCUCUCUUUUCAUGUUCUUGUUUCACCAUCACAGUGAUGGCUGUUGAUCUCAUGAUGGGUUACAGCAGAACCAAUAGUUUUGUAUCUAAAACUAUGGAAGAAAACGCAGUUGUUCAAGAAGCAGCUUCAGGGUUAGAGAGUGUGAACAAGUUAAUAAAGUUACUUUCACAGCAGAAUCAAGAUAAAUUAAUUCAUCAAUCAUCAUCUUCAUCAUCUCCUCCUUGCUCAACCAUGGAUAUUGAGAUUGACUGCAAAGCAGUAGCUGAUGCUGCUGUGUCUAAAUUCAAGAAAGUCAUUUCUCUUCUUGGUAGAACAAGAACCGGUCAUGCUCGCUUUAGAAGAGCUCCUGUAUCUACUCCUUUAAUAAGCACUAGUCAAGAUCAAGAAAAUCAUCAUCAAUAUCAAAUUCUUGAAAGUAAGGUCUAUUACGCUACGCCGAUCCAGCAGGUUCCACCUCCACCGCCACCGCCACCGCCACCGCCACCGCCUUCUUACCAUGAUUAUUCUUCUAUGGUGAUUAUGCCAAAGAAUAAUCAUAACAAUAGUAAUAAUGGAGUUACUAAUGACAGAAAAGAAUCGUCAACUACCAUUAAUUUUUCUUAUUCUUCUGCUGCAAACUCAUUCGUGUCUUCUUUGACGGGUGAUACUAAUGACAGUAAACCAUCACCUUCAUCAGCUUUCCAGAUUACUAAUCUUUCUCAGGUUUCUUCCGCUGUGAAGCCUCCUUUGUCUACUUCUUCUUUGAAGAGGAAGUGUAGCUCUGAAAAUCUGGGUUCUGGCAAGUGUGGCUCUUCUGGUCGAUGUCAUUGCUCCAAGAAGAGCAGAAAGUUGAGAUUGAAGAGAGUGGUCAGAAUUCCAGCAAUUAGCUUGAAGUUGUCUGAUAUACCACCGGAUGAUUAUUCUUGGAGAAAGUAUGGGCAAAAACCCAUUAAAGGAUCUCCUCAUCCAAGAGGAUACUACAAGUGCAGUAGUGUGAGAGGAUGUCCUGCACGUAAACAUGUGGAAAGAGCUUCAGAUGAUCCAUCAAUGCUUGUAGUGACAUAUGAAGGAGAGCACAAUCAUACUCUCUCAGUUGCAGAGACGACCAAUCUCAUCUUAGAAUCAUCAUAGAUAAUUUAAUCAUGAAUCCCAUUAUCAUCAUCAACAGCAAGAGUGUAAUGAAUUAGCUCCAUUGCAAGUUUGAAAGUAAAGAAGGUAGGCAAAUAGUUGUAGUAAUAUUUAGUGGUAGUAGUAGUGGUAGCUUGUGGUGUGGAAGAAGGACAGGACUCCAGACUUUAAAAAAAAAAAAAAAAAAAGGGCCUCUCUGCUUUAAUUAUCUCGAAGGAGAUUAUAGUGAGAGUUGGUUCAUUUCAUUUAAUUUCUUUUCUCUUUGUAAAAUAUUUUGGAAUUAAUUUGAAUUCCUUGAUCCUUUUUUCUUUC